UCACGGCCACAGUGAGCAGGCGGAACCGCAGCGGACGCAGCAACUGGAACAACGACGAGGGAGCUAGCGGCCCUUUGGCUGAGCCUUUCUGGAUUCCGGGUGAAACAAACUUAAGGUGCUAAAAUGACAAGAGGGAACCAGCGGGAGCUUGCCCGCCAGAAGCAUGCCAAGAAGCAGACCGAACAGUGCAAAGGCAAACGGAAUGAGGACGGACUGUCUGCUGCUGCUAGAAAACAACGGGACGCUGAAAUCAUGCAGCAGAAGCAGAAAAAAGCAAACGAAUCAGGAAAAGGAAAGACCAAGUGAAACAUGAGAUGGACGAAGAGUUCAGCUCAGUUUUUUUCUUUUUUUUAAGAUCGUCACUUGUUCUGAAUUCUUUCCUGAUAUUUAUAAGAAUGGAUCUAUCAGUUUUGUCUCGACUCAAGAAUCCAGCAUUCACCAACCUCCCUGUGGCAAAUGACUGCUUGUUGGAUUUGUUUUUAAAUGGUUAAACUAUGAAUGGGUUAGACCUUACUCCGGUGCUGCGUGCAGAGCACCAUCAGUGGUGUAAGCAGGAUGAAGUGGAACCUCGAUGUAAAGCAUCAGUGUAACAGUUGUGUAUUUUUGUACAAAAAGUGUCCCUUUCUGGUUUCAAAUAAAGUGUAUCUUUUUAGUUCAUG